UAGUAUUUAUUAUUUGGUCCCAAUAAUAAAUACUGGGUUUUUAAAAAUUAUAUUAUAUAUAAAUAAUUUCAUUGCUGGGAAUGUUGUCCAUUGUGAUAUUUUGGGUUAUUGAAUGAGAGGAAGUAGAGAGAAGCAGAGAAGGGAGGAGGGAGAAAGAGAAAUCAGUUGGUUGUUGUGAUUGUGAAGCAGUGGAUCUGAUCUUUCAUUUUCGCUUUGAAUUCUUCUCUAGCUUUCAGCUUUUUGUGUUUUUCAUAGGGACACAUACACAAAUACCUUGUGAGAGGUAAAAGAGAAAGAAAAUAUAUUGGAUGGAUAGAUCCCAUAAUAGAAGAACAAGAAAAAAGAGGAGGAGAAGAAGAAGAAGACGAAAGGAAAGCUAGCUAAUUAACUUCUAUCAAUUCCCCAUUACUUUGUUCUUGAUGGUUUUUGUUUCUGUUCUUGGAAAAACAAAAGAAGAAGAAGAAGAAGAAGAAGCUUCUUGUGUGGUGAUUGAUUGAUUUCCUUCGUCUAUACCCACAAAGAAAAAAGAAGCCAAUUUUGUCUAUUUUGGCAAUCUAAAACCCAUCAAUUUUCACACCCUUUAUUGCCUAAUUGUAUUUCGCAGCGUCAGAAUUCAAAGCCAGAAUCAAUCGGAGCUUGGCUGGAUUCUUUCUUUUAUUGUUAUUCUUUUGGUUUGAUAGAGAGAUAUGAGAGCUGGGCUCAGUACGAUUCAGCAAACUCUCACCCCGGAGGCGGUGAGUGUUUUAAACCACUCAAUAGCUGAAGCAAGCCGCCGGAACCAUGGUCAGACUACGCCCCUUCAUGUGGCGGCAACCCUUUUGGCUUCGCCGUCUGGGUUUCUCCGACAAGCGUGUAUCAAAUCUCACCCCAACUCCUCUCAUCCUCUCCAGUGUAGAGCCUUGGAACUCUGUUUUAGUGUCGCUCUGGAGCGGCUUCCCACCGCCCAGAACCUUAGUCCAGGCCAUGACCCACCAAUCUCCAAUGCCUUAAUGGCGGCACUGAAGCGUGCUCAGGCUCACCAGCGACGCGGCUGUCCUGAGCAACAGCAACAGCCUCUUUUAGCGGUGAAAGUAGAGCUUGAACAGCUAAUUGUAUCAAUUUUAGAUGAUCCUAGUGUUAGUAGAGUUAUGAGGGAAGCUAGUUUUUCCAGCCCAGCAGUUAAAGCCACAAUUGAGCAGUCUCUGAACUCCUCUACGUCCAAUUCCUCUGCCGCUGCAGCCGCCUCUAAUUCAAAUUCAUUUGGAUUCGGGUUUCGCACACCUGGAGCUGUGCCAGUUCCUGCGCCAGCAACAAAUCGGAAUUUGUAUGUCAAUCCCAGAUUGCAACAAGGGAGUAUAGACCAAUCUGGGCAGCAGAGGAACGAUGAAAUUAAGCGAGUUGUCGAUAUUUUGUUAAAGAAUAAGAGGAGGAAUCCUGUUUUGGUUGGCGAAUCUGAGCCGGAGAUGGUUGUGAGGGAGCUAUUGAAGAGAAUAGAGAAUAAAGAAAUAGCAGAUGGGUUGUUAAAGAAUGUUCAUGUGAUUCAUUUGGAAAAGGAUUUUCUAGAUAAGAUGCAAAUACCAGCGAAGAUUAUAGAAUUAGGAGGCUUGAUCGACUCUAGGAUAGCGAAUUUAGAUUGUGGAGGGGUGAUUCUUGAUUUGGGUGAUUUGAAAUGGCUGGUUGAGCAGCCGUUGAACUUCGCAGGUGCUGGUGGAGUACAGCAGCAGCAGCAGCAGCAGAAGAUUGUGUCUGAAGCUGGGAGGGCAGCGGUGGCAGAGAUGGGGAAGCUCUUGGCCCAGUUUGCAGAGAGGAGUGCAAGUGGUGGGGGUAGAAGGAUUUGGCUGAUUGGAACUGCUACUUGUGAGACAUAUUUGAGGUGCCAGGUCUAUCAUCCUUCAAUGGAAAAUGAUUGGGAUCUUCAGGCAGUACCUAUUGCUCCCAGAGCACCUCUUCCAGGAAUGUUUCCCAGGCUUGGAACCAAUGGGAUUCUUAGCAACUCAGUUGAGUCUUUUUCACCUUUGAAGGGCCUUCAAACUAUUACACCUACUCUACCAAGGCGUCUUACUGAGAACUUGGAUCCUGCCCAAAGGAUGAGUUGUUGCCCACAAUGUAUGCAGAAUUAUGAGCAAGAACUGGCAAAACUUACACCAAAAGAAUCUGAGGUAUCUUCGUCAGAAUUUAAAUCAGAAACAAAUCAAUUACUGCCACCAUGGUUGAAAAAUGCCAAGUCUGAUGAUACUGAUGCUAAAUCUUUGGAUAAGACAGUGGCUAAAGAUCAAGAAUCAAGUUUUAAGCAUAAGAGUCUAGAGUUGCAGAAGAAAUGGCAUGAUAAGUGCUUGCUUCUUCAUCCAGUUUAUCAUCAGUCAAAUGUCAGCUCUGAGAGAAUUACACAACCGGCUCUCCCUAUGAUGAGCUUGUACAAUGCGAACCUCCUUUCUCGCCAACCUUUACAGCCUAAGUUAGGUUUGAACAGAAACCUUGGUGGGUGUCCACAACUGAACCCAAAUCUGUUUCCCAGCCAACCACCUGGUCAGGCAAUUAGUCCACCAGGAAGCCCUGUGAGGACAGACCUGGUUCUCGGACGGCCAAAGAGCAGUGAGAACACUCCUGAAAAGGGCCGUGAAGAGUGCAUUAAAGACUUUUCAGGUUGUGUUGCUUCUGAGCAACAGAUCAAGUUGCAUGAUUUGCAGGCCAACAAGCUUUUAAGUGCAUUAGAUGCGGACUCAUUUAAGAGACUCCUCAAAGGUCUCCUUGAAAAGGUUUGGUGGCAGGAAGAAGUAGCAUCUGCAGUAGCUACAACUGUGACACAAUGCAAAUUAGGCAAUGGUAAACCGCGGGGAAAUGCAACAAAAGGUGAUAUUUGGCUUUUGUUUACAGGUCCUGAUGAGGUUGGCAAAAAGAAGAUGGCAUCAGCUAUAUCAGAGCUGGUAUUUGGGAGCAAUCCAGUAAUGGUAUCUCUUAGUUCACGACGCGAUGCUGGGGACUCCGAUGUGAAUUUCCGUGGUAAAACAGCACUCGAUCGAACAGUAGAGGCUGUUAGGAGGAACCCAUUUUCAGUGAUCAUGCUGGAGGACAUUGACAAAGCAGAUAUGCUUGUUCGAGGGAGCAUAAAGCGAGCUAUGGAGAGAGGUCGACUUUCUGAUUCGCAUGGCCGUGAAAUCAGUCUUGGUAAUGUAAUUUUCAUUCUCACUGCAAAUGGGAUGCCAGACAAUCUCAAAUUCCUGUCAAAUGGAGUCUCACUUGAUGAAAAGAAGCUGAUGAAUUUGGCAAGUGGAGGAUGGCAAUUAAGGCUGUCCCUCUCCGAGAAAACAGCAAAGCGCCGUGCCAAUUGGUUGCUGGAUGAAGAGAGACCUGCGAAACCAAAGAAGGACUCUGGAUCAGCACUAUCAUUUGAUCUAAAUGAAGCUGCUGGUGCUGAGGAGGACAAAGCUGAUGGCUCUCGCAAUUCAAGUGAUCUCACAAUUGAUCACGAAGAUGAACAUGUUCCCAAUAACAGACUACAAACGCCAACAGCUUCAUCACUGCCUCGAGAGUUUCUCAGUUCUGUAGACGACAAUAUUGAGUUCAAACCAGUAGACUUCAGCCUUAUUUGCUGCGAAGUUUCUAAUUCUAUAACCAAGAGAUUCUCCACCAUUAUCAGUGAUAAAAUCCCAUUUGAAAUUCAAGAACAAGCGCUUGAAAAGAUAGCAGGUGGGUUGUGGUUAAGCCAAUCAAGUUUAGAAGAAUGGACUGAGAAAGUAUUGGUUCCAAGCUUGCGGCAGCUCAAAUUACAGAUACCAACAUGCACAGAAGAAUCAUCCGUGGUUGUGCAGCUCGAGUCCGACAGAGAUUCUGGCAGCCGGUGCCACGGUGAUUGGCUGCCGGAAAGUGUCAGAGUGGUGCUUGAUGGGUUGUGAGGGGGCACUCAUUUGAUGUACAUAACCUCAACUGUUUUUGGCGGGGGGGUUGAAAACGGUUGACAAGGGUAAAGGAGGAGAAAGGGUAAAAAUGGGAAAAAAAAAAAAAAAAAAAAAGAAAGAAAGAAAAACAGUUAGAGGGAGACGUUGAUAGAUUAACGGAACCUUUAGCCGGCAAAGGUCUCACCUUUCUUUUUAUUAUUAUUAUUAUUUUAUUUCUUUUGUUUUU